UCUUUCUUUCUUCAACCACCGCUCUAGGUUUUGGCUCCUCCCGCCACCUUCACCGCCCGCUCACCUAUCGCCGCUGCGAGCUCAGACCCGAAGAUUCAUAGGGCCUGUUUACAGUUUGAAGAAUUGAUUAAUUGGUAACCUUUUAAGUUUGCCUCUCGUUUUUUUUUUUUGAAUCUUCAUUUACAAAAGAAAAGGAUGGGGAAGAUCUCAAUGGCUUACAUCCACGAGGGUGAAUGGCCUCCUGGGACAGUUGACAUUCACAUCGUUAAAAAGAGUCUUCGAAAGGCUGUCUCUGUAGCUAUUCUUCUUCUACCAUUCGCCUGCAUUUUCCUCUCUUUCAGGGAAAUUUCAGCCACACUUAUUUUGUGGAGAUUGCUGCUUAGUGGACACUUUGUCAUAUUAUUAUUAUUGCUUUGGAACCCUGUUCACAAAGAGUCUGUCGUCAUAAUGCCAGCCUUUGGAGUUCAGCUUGAAACUUACUAUGCAAGUGGAAGAAUCAUCCGCAGAUUUAUUCCUGCUGGUGAGAUUUUGAAACCUGUAUUAUUAGAAUGUGUUACCCCAGUAACUUGUUACUGGAGCCUCUCUUUACUUGUGCGUGGGAAGGAAGAGCUGGUGUUAGUGUUCAAGGAGCUACGCCCUCCGAUGAAGAUGUUGCUUCCCGUAUGGAAGGCCUUGUGUGCUAGCAUGGAGAACAAAGAAAGUGCAGUCACAAGUGGGGAAGUUGAAGGUGGUUGAUUUUCAAGACCAUGCAAGUAAAAAAAGAAUUAUAUGAAAACACAUCAAUUAGCAAUUAGUAAAGAAUACAUCUGGGCUGAUCGCUGCAAGUGUAGUGAAAGAGAUGGAGGGAAAUGCAUUCGCAUCAGAGUUAAAACAAACUAGUCCAUUCCAGUAGAAGAGGAUGAGCAUUAGAGAUUAUCAACAAGUUGUCUGUUGCAAAAGGAAACAGUGGAUGGCCUCUACAAAUGUGUUCCCCCCCCCCUUCUCUCUUUUAUGAUUUUCUUAUUGGUUUGUUUUAUUUGAUAUCCAAAGGGGUUGUAGGUUUAGGGUUUACUAUACUUUUAGCAAACAGGGCAAGCAUAUUGAGAAUUCAACUAGAAACAUACCUGUGUUUACUUAUUUGAGUCUGAGAAUAACACUGUGCUGUUUCGGACGGUACAUGUAUAUAUGUGUGGAAAAUGAUUGGUUUCAUUUUUCCGUAUGGCAUGAUUAUGUGCUUUCAUGUUUGUGAAA